AUGGACUCCAGCAAAACCUCAGCUCUCCUCUUCAUUUGCAUGCUUUUCAUUUCCUCAGCCACUCCAAGUUUUGGUUGUGGUUCCUGUGGCAAGUCACCGUCAAAGCAUAGAAAGCCUAAGGGAAAGUCCCCUAAAGGCCCCAUUACUGUCCCUCCCAUUGUUAAACCCCCAAUCAACUUGCCACCAGUUACUGUCCCUCCAAUUGUAAAACCCCCAGUGACACUCCCUCCAGUUACUGUUCCUCCAAUUGUAAAACCACCGGUUACAGUUCCUCCAAUUGUGAAGCCACCAAUUAACCUCCCUCCUGUGACUGUUCCUCCAGUGACUGUCACUCCAAUUGUGAAGCCACCCAUUAACCUCCCUCCAGUGACAGGUCCUCCGGUGACAGUGCCUCCAACUACUAAUCCGCCAAGUGGAAAACCCUGCCCACCACCACCAGUCGAGGCCACUUGCCCUAUUGACACACUGAAAUUGGGUGCUUGUGUGGAUCUGCUAGGAGGGUUGGUGCACAUUGGUCUUGGUGACCGAGUUGUGAAUGAAUGCUGUCCAGUUCUUUCAGGUCUUGUUGAGCUCGAAGCUGCAGUCUGCUUGUGCACCACUCUCAAGCUUAAGCUUCUCAACCUCAACAUUUAUGUACCACUUGCUCUUCAGCUUCUUGUAACUUGUGGGAAGACACCCCCUCCCGGUUACACUUGCUCUCUCUAGACCCAAGUU